AUGAACAACACAAACGAUUAUGAAAAACUUCAACUUUCGAAGCAAGAUCUAAAAUUUUUAUAUAGCCAAAUAUAUUCGAAACUAAGCUACAGACUAAACUUGCAUCUUCCAACUUCUAAUAAUGAUCCCUUGAAGGAGAACGUAGUAAACAUAUUAGAAAAAUAUUUGUUGGAAGUAUUCGAUAUGGCGCAAAAUGCAUUAAUUGUGGAUGGUGAGGAAUUACACCUCGGUGAAAUUGUAGACGAAAGUGUAAGUGCAACUAAAUUGCGACAAUCAAAAUUAGCAGAGAUUCUUCAAAUCAAUUCCGAAACCAAAUCAAUGUCACAAGAUGAAGUGGAACCCUUUGACCAGGAGAAAAAUUUAAACUUAAGAGAAAUCUUACAAAAUAUUGAGCAGGAAACCAUAAAAGUGACUGCCCUUAGAAGAGAAUUGCCUAAGCUGGCAAAACUGGUGUACGAUGAUUUGGUUAGGAGAACUGAUAGUGAGGUGACCAGUAUUUUAGAAGAGCUAGAUGGUGCAGAUGAGAUUAGUGCAAACGAGAGCAAAGCUGAAGACAUAAAUACCUCUGGAAUAGAUGCAAGCAGACUAGCCUCCAUUCAAAACGACUACGAGGAAGCAUUGACCCGGUUGGUUGAGUUGAAGAACGUACUCCCUGGACAGAGAGCUGAAAUCGACAGGUUAGAUGAAACUAUUACUUUCCUAGAGGAUCUCAAUAAGAGCUCCUAA